GGCCGCCGCGGAGCUUCGGCGCUAUGGCGGCGUUUUGUCGGCAGGCCCUUGACUGGAACCGCCUAAUCCCACUCACCUGUGUCUGUUUGGCCAGGCAGACUCCCUAUCUUGGAAAGCAGAAGAAGAUGACUGCUUCUUUGUUGCGUAGACUGACUACAGCCUCCAAAGGAGGGAGCUUUCAGGAGUUAUCCUUUGAUGAACCUCAGAAGUGUAUGCAGAAGCUAGUAUGCCUCCCUGAGAAUCUGAAGACUCCCGUAGGUCAAGGGUCCUUGGAGGUAGAGAUGGUCUUCAGUGCCCUCCUGGACAUGGGUUUCAGUGAUGCCCAUGUUAAUGAAUUUCUCAGUAUACAGCCAAGUGCCAACUGUCAACAGUUGCUGGAUAUCAUUUCAGAAUUGAUGCUGUUGGGUCUGAAUCCAGAGCCUGUGUAUAUAGUCUUGAAGAAAAAUCCCCAGUUACUGAAACUGCCUUUGAUGCAAAUGAAGAAGCGUUCCAGUUAUCUGCGAAAGCUUGGUCUGGGAGAAGGAAAACUAAAGAGGGUACUUCACAUUUGCCCUGAGAUUUUCACCAUGUGUCAUCAGGACAUUGAUGACAUCAUCAAGGUCCUCAAGGAGAAGUGCCUGUUCACUGUUCAGCAAGUCACUGAGAUUUUGCACAGAUGUCCCAAUGUUCUUCGAGAGGAUCCUAGUGAAUUGGAAUACAAAUUCCAGUAUGCAUAUUUUAGGAUGGGAAUUAAGCACCUGGACAUAGUAAGGACUGAAUUCUUGCAGUACUCAAUAACCAGGAUCAAGCAGAGACACAUUUACCUGGAGCGCCUCGGUCGGUACCAAGCUCCUGAUAAGAAGGGGCAGACUCAGAUUGCUAAUCCUUUACUCAAGGACAUUCUCAGAGUUUCAGAAGCUGAGUUUUUGGACAAGACAGCCUGUUCUACUGCUGAGGAGUUUGAGGUUUUUAAAAAGCUCUUGGCUCGGGAGGAGGAAGAGCCUGAGGGCAGCAUGUCUGAUGAGGAGGAGGAAGAAGAGGAAGAAGAUGAGGAGCUGCUGUGAUGGAGGACUGCAGCAAAAAGGAUCAAGGGAUGUCAAAGAACAUUCUUGUGUUCUUAGAGCUUUUGGGAGCUUCUCAAGCUUUUUCAUUCUAACACUGGUCUUUUUGAUUAAAAAAAAAAUUAUUAUGACCACCUGAGAUGCAGAUAUGUCAAACCAUAUAGGGAAUGCUUUGGUUUGGUCUGUUGUGUUCUGUGACAGGUCCUGCUGCAUCCUAAAUAAAAGACUGAGCUUUUAAAAUCCAGGAGACUCAAUACCACCAAUUUUGGUUUAUUUUUCUUCUGUUGAAAUGGUGCUAAUUCUACAACAGUGUGGCAGAGGAUAGGGUGUCUUCUGGUUCAAGUCACUUUGUCUUUCCUUAUAGUUAUAAAGGUGAAAUCAUGAGGCAAGGUGAGGUUUUAAUACAUCAUAGCACUUUAUUUUAUGAAAACCACUAUCAGGUUUCUCACAAAAAUCCUUAUGUUUUUAGUCCAACAGGCUUUUACUGCUUCUUAACUGCACUCACAUGUACAGCAGAGGAAGAGGCAGGUGAUUGAUUGGUCAGGUAUGCUUUGCUUUUACAUGGUUUCUUCAGGCCAGAAAAGCACUGGCACUUUUCUCUGUGAAAAACUGAUGCUUCCUGCUCAACAAAUUGGCCUUCAUGCCAGCUCCUGGCUGGUGGCCAUUUCAAGGCCUGGCAUCUCUGGCCCUAUAGCCUGCAGUGCCAGAGUGCACUGGCCCAGAGAAUGCCAGCACUGGUGGGGCUGGGAGCAGUCUUUGAUGUCACCUGUCCACCCCAUGUGAUAGAUGGGCUUCUGAGGACAAGAGGGGAAGAGCCCAGGUUUGAUUUUAGGGAGCUCGCCAGAUGCCCAUAGAGUGAACAUCAUCUGGGGAACAUGAGGGUGUAAGGAGCCAUGUGGGAACAGGAUAGGGUUAACUCUGAGGUAGAGGCCAGGCUUUGAUGGAGCUAGUUCUCAGAGGGGCCUCGAUGAUUGGUGCUGCAAAAAUCAUGUUUGGUGGUGGAACCAAAGUUCAGUCUGCUUGGUGGCAUUUUAAUAGCCAUAUGAAACUCAUCUGAGGCUUGGCCUUGUUCCUAUAUAGACCAUGGAAGAUUCCUGUAAGGCUGCAGUAUUCGCCUGGGGUGACCUUGACGCUUAGGACAUCUGGCAAUCUGUGGAGAUACUUGUUGUCAUGACCCCAGGGAGGGGUGCUAUGGGAUCAGGAGGGGUGUGACUAGGAUUAGGUGGGUAGAGGCCAGGGAUGCUGCAAAAUAUCUGACAGUGCACAGGAUGGCUCCACAGACAGAAUGAUCCAGUCCUAAUGUCAGUGCUGAAGCUGAGAAGCUGCUCUAAGGCCUGGUCCAGAAAAGUAAUGUGACUGCAUCUGUUCCUGACAACUCUGGAUUGUAAAUGGACUCUUGAAAUGUUACUUAUUUCUGUUUAAAAGAUAAAUCUUGCUGGAUCUGAGCUGUUUUUUGUGGGGAUUUGGUGCUGAGGUGUGGAGGUGUCUGGCUUCUAAUCGCUUACCCUGGAGCCUCACUGCAAAAAGGAAUAGGUUUUUUGCAAAGUAAAGCAGUAGCUCUGUGACUCCCCAUGAGUGAGUGAGUCAUCAUGGCAGUAGUUUGUUGGGGAGUUCACAUGAAGGAAGGUGCAGGAGGUUCUGGACAGGGAACAGGGUGUAGCAAAGGCAUCCUGUUUGCACUGGGAGCCCAUAGGCAACGAGGAAAGGGAGAGUUAUGUUUUUAUGGUUAUUCUUGGCCAUGGGUAAAACUGUUGGAAAAAGAAGGUGUUCACUCUGUGUCUGCGUUGCUGCUGACUCUUCCAUUUUGUGGCAUCCAAAUGACCAUCACUUUCCUUCAACCUAGGGUGUUAUUCUUGGGCCCCAUCGAGACUGAGAAGAAUCCUAAACUUGAGCUUGAUUAGGUGGGUCAGCUUAUCCUAAGUUUUGAUUAGCAAAUGGUGAACCCAACAACUCAUGGUUACGUCUUUCAUUUCAACACAGAAAUCAAUCUUUGCACCCUGACAAUUUUCCGAUUCCAUUAUGACCAGUUUCCUGGUUUGGGCUUUGAGUGCUUUCAAGGAAGACAUUAGUCAGGCUAAGAAAGACGUGAGAAAGCAGAGCACUUCCCAUGGGCUUCAUUUGUGAGACAGCUGAAUGGGUUGAUCGAAUGACAGCACAGCAUCCUGCUCAGCAUUCAGCAGACUGGCUCUUGUUGGAGCUCAGGCUUCUAAGCUAAAAACAGAGGCACACCAGUGUUUGCCUGGUGGCUGAGGGGCCUGAGGUUAUUAGUGUGUGGAGGUUUCAUCUACUUUUGCAGUGACAUCACUUGAUCUUACUAUUCGCUAUAGCUCACGUGGAUGGACAGUGAGGGUCCUGGUGCCGAAGUGGAAGUCAGCUGUAUGCUUUUGUGGGUGUGGUCUCUGUUCACCCAGUGUCCAACACCCUUCCUAAGCUUUGCCCUUGGCCCUCAGGUGGUCUCUGGAGGCUAUGCUUUGAUGUAGUGUUUCUGGGCUACAGUAGAGAUUUCUUGAUGUAGCUCCUCCUCUUUUCUGAAAUUGACAAAUUGUAUACACAGAGAGGCACACACAAAAUUUUAAUAAAAAUAAUACUAAAAUAUUACUCUUUAUAAAUGAUGGAGGGCAGGAGACCUCUGGCUGUAAUGCUGACCAUGGGUGUUUGAUUUCCAGUCUAGUCCUUGGUAUAUUCUGUAGGAGAAAGAUGGGAUUGGCUUUUCUGGCUCUGACCUCAUUGCAGGGAGAAGACAGAGUUGCUUGGAGUUGGUGCUGGGAUGGGAAUGUGGAAAGAAGAUGGAGUGUAAGAUGUUCCUGAUGAUAGCCCACACAGUCUGCUCGAGUCAUAGACUAAAAGGUGUCUCCUAGAGCUCUCCUCAAGCAUCCUUCUCCGUUGCCUUCAGACUUGUAAGUAGGAGCUCUUGCUGCUUCAUGGCACUGUGCCUCAACUUUCUGAGCAAGGGUCUGGAUAGCUUUUUUUUUUUUCUGUGAAAGUCCUGGAGUCUUUGGUGCCUUAGUGGUGACUUGUCAUCCACAGGAUGGCUUCCUUUGAUAAGGUCAAAGUCUAGGUAUAUCAUAGACCAGGGGUUUGCCUACCAUCUGUUUUAGUAAAUAAAACUUCAUUAGAACACCCAUCCAGCUGCACAUCUGUGGCUGUGUUUGCGUAGAGCUGAGUUGUGCACAGAGGCCAUGUGGUCUGUGAAGCCAAAAAUACUUCCUGAACCAUUAUGGAAAAAGUCUGCCACCCUCUAUUGCAGACCAAAAGUAUUUAAACUCCAUUUUAGUAGUAAUUAACAUUUCCUUUUUCAGAACUCUUUGGUCCUUAAUGAUCAGCAUAAAUGGUGUGGAGGAGUGGAACAGUGCAAAGUUCACCUAUCCCCACCCCUUGUGCUCCUGCCUACAUGUCUGUUUUGGAAGCAGCUGACCAAGGCCUUUCCUCCUCCAUGUGUUAGGGCUUAGGGACACUUCUCUCUCUGACAUUGGAAUCUGAGAUUGGUUUUCUGAGCACUGUGGAGGUGUUACUGACCAACUGCCACAGUAACCCUGACAUACAGUGGCUGUCAGUCACUCUUGGAGGCACCAACCACUCUUCUGGAAGCCCACAGCUCUGGACAGAUCGAAGAUCCUGGAGGAGUCCCCAGGUGAGCUGGUGUGUGUACAGGCCUGGCCAUCUGGUGUCUAGUGGCCCGAGGACAGAAGUUGGCAGAGGGGACUGACUGCAACCAGGACCUUGUCUCUUGGUGUUCUUUUCAGUCCAAUUUUAGAGCUCAUCUUCCUGGGUUUGGGAAAUUCUUGAGGGGGCAGAGUGUAAGAAGCACAUCCCAGAUCCUUUGAAGGGAGAACAGUGAGGUGCAAUAAGAAUGACAGUUGCGCCCCCUCUCAAGCAGGUGCCUCUCCGCAGCUCUCAGGCUUUGUCAUUUCAGAGGACCCAUAUUUUACACUGGCAGAAUUUGAACCCGGCAGCAGUGUGAGGGAAGGGUGGGGGAGUGAGGAUGACUGCAUGCACCCUGUCUUUAGGGCUUAGCUCUGUGGAUCUGUGGAGGAGGGUCACGUGCACACUCUGUCUUUAGAGGGCCACAGUGCUGUGGAGAACUCCAUGUACCCCGUUAGGGCUCAGCAUUGUGACUUUUAAAUUUGGAUGAACAGGCCGCCCUCCUCUAGUUGGUGGUGACAUUGAGUCACCCCCAAAGUGUCUGUGUUGUUGUUGAGUGGGUGUCUGAGUGGGUGUUUUUGUUUCCUGCUUGUUUGUGUUCCUCCUGUUUUAAGAAUAAGUAUUCUGUAAGCUGGUAUUUGGUAAUUACUUGGGGCAGGGUUCACAUUUGUUUUUGUAGAAAUGGAUUUGCUGACUAAGUUUUUAGAAGGUGUAUUAGUAUUUCAGGU